AUGGCUUCAUGGAUGCCUGCCUACUUUCAGAAGCGUCUGCUUCGGGCUGCCCUAUCGCGCAUUGCUUUGCUGGAUGUAGACUCAUUAGAUCUCGACUCGUUGGGUGUGAAGAUCGGCAGGACCAGCACUGUCGAGCUCAAGAACGUCGGCCUCCGUGUCCAAGAACUUUCGACCCUGUUGCAACUUCCGCCAAACCUUCGCCUCCAGGUCGCUCGUGUUCUGUCGCUACGUCUGACGGUUCCUGCCAACUUCUUCCAGCAGAGUAUAAUCGCUGAAGUAGACGGUGUUGAGGUCCAGGUCUCGGCCGAAUUGCCUGCUGAACCACACGACGAUGUCGACGACACAAAAGCCCCUGACCACCGCAAGAAGAACCGACGAAUACACUCUCCCUCUCCUCCUGGCCAUGAUUCCGGUGGACUACCCUCGACUCAACGCCUUGCGCGAUCCAUCCUGCUGGAGGAACCAGAUGAAGAGAAGCAAGAGUUGGAAGCUCGAUACAUGGAGAACUCGUCGAUGAGUGGCACAGGUGACGAAUUGGGUACUGGAACGAGCUUAGGUCUACCAGGAAUGGUCGCUGGCUUUCUACAAGGAAUCGUGGAUCGUGUACAGAUCAGGAUAAAAGACGUCAACUUGAGGCUUAUGCUGCAGGACUCAACUCCAGAAGCAUCUCCUAUGGCCUUUAUCGCUCACAUCGCGACCAUCAAUGUCAAUGCCGCUGCCGCCUCUGUCGCUGGUCUCAACGAGGAGGCGAGUGCGCCUGCAAGAAAAACAAGACGAAUCGCCUUGAAUGAAUUCAGUAUCCACUUAGUGCGCGAGGAACAGUUCACCCGCACACGCACCUCUGUUGCCGAUCUGUUCACCUCUUACACGUCUGAGAGUACACGUGGGAAGGAGAGACAGAAGAACUAUCCCACUUCAGAUCACGAGCCAGAUCUGGCUGCAUCUGCUGUCUUUCCACAUACUCAGUUUCCCGUCUAUAGCUAUCUGUCGGACUCGGAUCAUGAGAGCUUGCCAGAUGAAAUGACACAGAGCAACGCAUCCUUUGAUAUACGUCCUGGCGAAGACAACGUGUCCUGGGUCUCCCGACGUAGCCAGAAUUCAUCCGGUCGUGAUCAAGUUUGGUCAUCGUUUGCUCCUGAAGGCGACCAGGCAGCCUCAGAGAUGCUCCAAGACGUGUCGUCAUCAGUCUUCUUGAGUACGAUCGACACGCGAGAAUCUACGAGUGCCAUGUCAGAGUCGACAAUUGGCCAGUCCUUCACAAGUGCACAACCACCACAGACUGCCUCGAGUUCACGUUACAUGUAUCGAGCUAGACAGUCCUUUGACAGUAUUCGUGGAACAGAUGAGACCGCGACUGAACUCGGUGUGGGGAACUCACCGACGUUGUCUCUUCAAGCAUUGGAAGACGGACCUGAUCUGUCAGAGUCUGUAGUUUACAGUCAUGCGGAGGCAGAGAGCAUGUACAUGAGUGCUGUAGGCCAAGCACCAGAUUCUCCAAACUUCGGAAUGGUCCCAGGCGCCUGGAACUCUGUUAUAGACGAUGAUGAAGACCUAGAUCCUCCAUUCCUCUCGCAACACCUAGUUCAGCAACCUGGCUAUGAGUCUGAGGAUAGAUCACCUACGCCCAGAUUACAGAAUCAAUCAGAAGUCUCCGAGGGUCAAAACACGCAAGGUGCUUCGCUGACAUAUGUCUCAAAGGAGAUUCUGACUGUGCGCGAGAUGACCAUUGGGAUUCGGCAAGCCCCAAGCAAUCAUCUUCCUAUGCGAGUUCCCGAUGUUGGGAUGUCUCAGAGUUCGGUGAGCGCUUCCGGUUCUCCGCGGCCUCCUGGUGCCUUCUCGGAUUAUGUUGAAGGAGGUCGCUCCUCCAUGCGAUUCAAUCCGGAUGCCAACAAACCAGACGAAUCAUACGGGGAUCAUGAGAUCGGUGACAUAAUGGAUACGACAAUCGAACUUGAUAUUUCUCCUACGGUCUUGCAGUUUGACGCCGAUACGAUCCGCUCAUUAAUCACAUUGACGGGCAUCGCGAAGGGCCCGCGUCGAGCUCCGGCACCAAAGAGAGGCUCUGAUAUUCCGCCAACGAAGAAAGUUCCCGAUUCAGGAGCUCCCGCCACUGGUGAGGGCUUACCUAGUCUUUCCUUGAGGGUGAUUCAUCUCCGAGUCUCGCUCUUCGAGGACCUCCCGGACGCUUCAGUACAGCUUGAAAGCCUGUCAAUGUGGCGUCCUCGUCCAUACUCUGGUCAUGAGAAGAGAGCUUUGCUGCAACUCGAGUUGCAACAAAUCGAUCUCAAGGUUGACAGCCAUCCUCUUCCCAUGGAAUUCAGACUGACUGUCGAGGAUCUCACCUUCACAGCCGGUACCAAUGACAUGGUAUCGUUUGAUCGGCAGGCAAAGCAACAUUCAGAUCGAGGAGUAACUCAGCACGCGAUUCUUGUUGAGACCAACAUAUUCAAGACACAACAGGGUGGAACUGUGAAGAGACUACGCGCUGAGCUACUUCCUAUACGUAUUGAUCUAGACUUGGCAAGAUUUGACGAAGACUUCGAUGCACUAGGCGGAUUAACUGGUAUCGUCGAGAUGAGCUCGUCGCUGCUAUCAAGCGGAUACUUCUCCAACAAACAAGAGUCCCCUGCCCCGCAGCGCAGGAGUGUUCGUUUCCAAGAGUCGGUUCUUGAUGAUAACAAUUCACCCGAGACAAAAAUCAGUGCAAGAAUAGCUGCAUUCGACGUGAGGCUGGCUUCGAGAUCCUGCUCUCUGGAACUGCGAGCGUCAAAGACCAAGAUCAUACCUCGACAAGGUGUUGUCCGCGUGAGCAUUGACAGAUUGUCUCUUGCAAUGCCUACGAAAGACGUGCCGGACAGGCGUUCAAGCUUUAACAUCGUCAUGACUGACGUUGUUGUUACUUAUGUCAUGCCACCGUCAGAAUCCGAUUUAGACCGCUUCAUAGCGCUUGUCGAGCCAUCAAACAACCGAUACGAAGAUGCUGAAGUUAUGGUCAAUACUCUGCUCAGACAAAGGCGCAAGGGAUCGAUGCUCGAUACUCAAGUGAAAACCUUGCAUGUGUCCGUCACUGAGUGGGCCUUCAUACCGCUUCUCCGAUCGCUCGGCGACGAGCUUUCUAAGUUGUCUGCGGUCACGAAAUACUUGCCCGAAGACGACACCCCUGGACUAUUGUGUCUUGCGAAAGUCGACGACACACGACUUACACUACCUGUCAACGAACAGUUCGGACCUAUCGACAUUGCUCUCAAGAAUAUCCAGGCAGCUCACGUCGGACUACCGGCUCUGUCCGCGCUUUCCAUAGGCAGCAUGUGGGCGAGCUCGGGUGGGGGUCACGACAUCAUCCAUGAGACUCUACCUGGAGCUUACGUGCUGGGAACCCCAAUGGUCAUGGUACGAAAGAUCGCCGACGAAGCAGAACCUGUAAUCAGAGUGAAGCUUUUCAACAUUUGCGUCGAGUACGAUGUUCCUACGCUUCUUUCUCUCACUAGCACUAAGACAGCUGCGGAGGUGGAGCAGAAAGUACAAGACCUUGCCACGUCUAUACUCGACGUCACAGCUUCAGGACUCAAGGAUCCAGUACCAGCGCUCGAGUCUGAGAGGCCCAUUGUGGAUUCCACCGAGAAGCUCGCCAUCAACAUCGUACUACACGACUGCGCCCUUGGCUUGCAACCUCGAGACCUUCAGUCGAAGGGAGUGUUAGUACUGAAGAAUACAAAGUUCGGUACCUCCGUCCCAAUAGAUGAGUCUCUACACGCUGUUUUGGACAUCCGACAAGCAAUACUUUACGUCACUGAUCGCGAGACCAUCGCGCCUCCUCAGACUUCAGCUCCUCCUACUCCUUUUCCUCAAUCCAACUAUUCACCACAUCUGCAACAAUAUCUUCUAAACAAAGGCUACGUCUCUGUCAACUCGAUAAGAUCCGCUCAAGUAACUCUAUCAAUUGUUGAAGACCGCAUCAAGUCCGAAAAACUCAUCGAUGUCGAGUUCCGCGACGAGUUCUUCCUCUUGGAGACUUGUGCAGAUUCUACACAAACGCUGGUCUCUAUCCUCAACGGUCUGUCGCCACCUUCGAUCGCUAGCAAUGAUCCCAGGUUCCGUACUCACCUCGAUCCCGGACUUAUGACGCUCGAUGAUAUGGUCAACUCCUUCUCAGGCGAGGCCUUCAUCAAACCUGGCCCUGCUCCAUCUGCUUUGUUCGACGCCGAGAUGGAUCUACCAUUAUCCGAAGAAGAAAGUCUAAUGACGGGCUCAGAAAUGGCCUCAGCGCUGUACGAGCCGAUAGGUGGAGGAUUGGGCUUCGAAGAUGAAGACUUUUACAGCGCACGCGGCUUGCAGUCAGACACUGUAGAGAGUCUUCUCGAGCAAGAUCCUUUCGAGAUGACCACUUCGCCGCAGUUCGGCGACGACGCUUUGUUGCGCAGUCUUAGAAAAGAGCUCGGCAGUCUCGGCGCAGCGAAGCCUACUGUGAUCAGCCCCUUCUACCGGGACGAUCGUCAACUCGACAAGAUUUACGGAGGCUCGAGAGCGCUGGGAGAAGCCCACGAACAACAAAAACGGUUCCCAAUACAGGUUCGGGUUCGAGACGUUAAUGUCAUUUGGAACUUAUACGAUGGCUAUGAUUGGCGACGCACCCGCGAAGCUUUGACACAGGCAGUCGAAAAAGUGGAAAUGGAGGUCGAAGAUCGCAAGUCAAACAAACGGAGGUCUAAUACCUUCGAAGACGAUAACGAGACGGUCAUCGGCGAUUGCCUGUUCAACUCCAUCUACAUCGGCAUACCAGCAGCUCGUGAGCCCGCCGAUCUCCGCCGCUCCAUCAGCAACUUGAUCAAUCAAGGUAACGAGACUGCCAGCGAGACUGAAAGCUAUGCCACCACUGGCAUGACCAAGCCUAGUAGUGCUGAUAGUAAUCGUCCAAAGAAGCUAUCAAAGAAGGAACUGAAACUCGAGCGCGGCACAUCUCACAAGCUUGGAUUCGACCUCAAGGGUGUCUCGCUCGAUUUUCUCGUACACCCCCCUAGUAGUGGAGAGGUGCAAAGCUCUGUCGACGUUAGGGUGACGGACUUCGAGAUCUUUGAUCAUGUGCUAACUUCCACUUGGAAGAAGUUCCUGACGCUCCACAACGAUAGGGGAAAGACGCGUGAGAUGAUGAAGCCCAUGAUUCACCUAGAGCUGUUGAAUGUUCGGCCUGUGCUAGAACUAGUAGCUACAGAGAUGAUCAUUCGUGCUUCGAUUCUACCACUACGCCUGCAUGUCGACCAAGACGCAUUGGAGUUUAUGACCCGCUUCUUCGACUUCAACGAUGACUCGUCUAAGCCUGCCGAUGCUAAUGCCGAGCCUCCAUUCAUACAACGGCUGGAAGUCAACACUGUCAGUUUAUGCCUCGACUACAAGCCGAAGAAGGUCGACUACGUCGGCUUGCGGGGCGGCCGUAUGUCUGAAUUCAAGAACUUCGUAACACUUGAGAAAGCCGACAUCAAACUCAAGCAUGCCAUCAUCUACGGCCUGAGAGGUUUUGAUACAUUGCAUGACACCUUGAGUGACAUCUGGACACCCGACGUGAUACACAACCAGCUUCGCGGCGUGCUGGCUGGCAUUGGCAUGACGAGGCCUCUUGUUGAACUUGGCAUGGGCAUUCGUGACAUUGUUGCUGUCCCAGUCGCCGAGAUUAGGAAAGACGGCUUCAAAGUUCGCAGCGUUCAGAAAGGCACUUUCAAGGCGCUAAGCACCACCUCGUCUGGGUUCGCGCGUCUGAUUGCAAAAGUCGCAAUCGGUACGGGAACCAGGCUACAAGAGGUCGAAGACAUGCUCUCCCCAGCCCAGCGCACAGUCAGUAGUCAGGGCGUCGAGAAUGUUGAGGGAGAAUACGAGGAGGCCCAACAACGCCAGGUCAGCAACUAUGCAGAUCAACCCCUGGGCGUGCUGCAAGGUCUGCACUCUGCGCGUCGUUAUCUCAAGCGAGACCUGACAACGGCACGAGAUGCUAUUAUUGCUAUCCAGGGAGACUUCAUGGCGAGCGGGACCGCCGCAGGGGCUGCUCGGGCGGUGGCUAGACAUGCGCCAACCAUUCUGCUCCAGCCUGUCAUCGGUGUCAGCCGCGCGGUGGGACAAACCUUCAAAGGUGUCGGCAACCAAGUGGAUCGUGACCACAUCAAGAAGUCUGAAGAUAAAUACAAACAUCAUUAA